UCUUACCUUGGGCUCAGUCCGCGGUCGGACUAUAGAUGAGAUCAUCGCUGGGUCAUCCAACGCUGUCACAGACUUUGACUUCAUUGCAACGUCAGUGGCGAACGUCGUUCGUGUGGAGCUGGAUAUGAUGAUGUCGUUGAAACAGUAUCAAGAGCUUUACGUGACGACCGUGGAAAACAACGAUGACCUUUCAUCGCUGAGUCGAAAGAAAAGAAAAGCAAUCAAACAACAAACGUACCGAUGGACUAAUAAAGAAAUUCCGUACAGAAUGGAUGACGCGACUUUUUCAGCUCAAGACAAAGCCGAAGUAACCAAAGCUAUUGUUGAAUGGCAGAACUACACUUGUAUCAGUUUUCGUCGAGCCAGUAGCGCCGAUGCUAAUUUUGUAAAUUUCCAAGACGGAUCUGGAUGUUCAUCGUAUGUAGGGAUGAACGGUGGGAAGCAUCCUAUAUCCCUGGCUGGUGGUUGCAGAGUAAAGGGCGUUAUUCAAAACCGCCCAGAUCGAGACGACUACAUCAUAAUUCAAACCGAGAAUAUUAUGCACCCUACUCUGAUUCAUAACUUCAAGAAAUACCCCUGGUCUGCCGUGUCCACUUAUGAAGUCCCCUACGAUUACAGAAGCAUCAUGCACUAUGGAGGUACCGCAUUCUCUGGCAAUGGGCAGUACACGAUCAAGACCAAAGACCCCGCUGUCCAAAAUGUCAUAGGCAACCGUUCGGGGCUUAGCUUCAACGAUAUAAAACUGGCAAAUCUAAUGUACAGCUGCCAGGAAAAGUGUGACCCUGGCAUCGUCUGCCCAGGUCAAGGAUUUGUGAGGAAAGACUGUCAGUGCUGGUGCCCAGGAAAUCCCAUUCAGAAGUGCAAAGACUCUGAUGGGAGAUCAACCACGCAGAGUCCAGCAGUGAAGACAACACAAAAACCGACAGCAAUGCCAACAGCGAUGGCGUGCCAAGACAUGAACACACACUGUGCCGCCUGGGCUGGAGAUGGGUACUGCAUGACAAACAACUACGUGAAAACUUACUGCAAGGUCUCUUGUUCUAUGUGUACUCUGAACAUGUGCAAAGACGUCCGGGAGCACUGUUCGUACUGGGCUGAGCAAGGCUACUGUACCAAUGACACGUACAAAAAUUUCAUGGCGGAGAAAUGCUCCCUCAGUUGUGGGAUCUGUAAGUUCAGCAGUGCUAGCGUCAACAGCGUGGCUGUUGUUUCUUCCAGCGUGUUGACGAUAGCAAUAGCAGUUUUACUCUCUCAACUCAAAUCUUUGUAA